AUGACUCUCUGGUCGGGAGCAGGUACAACAGACAUCUUACUCUCACUGCUCUGGACGGCCAUAGCAUACACCGCACUCAAACCCCUCUACAACAUAACCCUGCACCCUCUUUCCUCCUUCCCAGGCCCCCGAACCUGGGCCGCAAGCUACGCCCCACGCUUCAUCGCCAGCAUCACCGGAAACCUCGAGCUCUCCAUAAAACAGCUGCACGAGACCUACGGGCCCGUAGUCCGGUACUCCCCCUCGGAGCUUUCCUUCACCUCGCCAACAGCAUGGAAAGAUAUAUACGGCUUCGGCGACAACGCGCCCAUCAAAGACCCCAGCUUCUACAGCCUGAUCCAUCUCUCACGCGAUAAAAGCAAUAGCAUCUUCACCGCGGGUAACGAUGAUCAUCCGCGCGUGCGCAAGGCUCUCAGCUAUGCAUUCUCGGAGCGCGCACUGAGAGAGCAGGAGGGGAUUGUGAAGGGGUAUGUGGAUCUGCUGGUCCAGAGGCUGCGGAGGCUCGCCGGCUCUUCUUGUUCUUCAGCCGACAAGGACCAAGGGUUGGCAAGAGUCGAUCUUGUCGAGUGGUACAAUUUCACGACCUUCGACAUCAUCGGCGACCUGGCGAUCGGGCAAUCCUUCAACUGCCUCCUCGGGAGCAAGUACCACGAGUGGGUCCACGGGUUCAUGAGCACGAUCAAACUCGGCGCGUAUGUGCGGGCGAUGGCCGUGUGUACGCAUGAUGCGUUCCCGCAGCUGCUAAGGCUGCUCGCGCCCCGACGCCUCACGGAAGCCCGCCGCAGGCAUCUCGAAUUCGUCGGACGCAGCACAGAAGAGCGGCUGGCGAAGGGCCUGGAGUACGAGAAGCCGGAUUUCAUCAGCUGCCUGCUCAAGGGCAACGGCAGGGUCAAAGGCGAGCACGCGCCCCUCAGCGCAGGCGAGGUCGAAGCAAAUACCAACUUCCUCUUGCUCGCUGGGACCGAGACCACGGCGACUGCCCUCUCCGGGACAACGUACUACCUGUUGAAAAAUAGGGAUGCAUUGCGGAAGGCAACGGCCGAGGUGCGUGGUGCCUUUGGGCGGGAAGACGAGAUCUCGUUCGUCGCGGCUGCAGAGCGCCUGCCGUAUGUGCAGGCUUGCAUCGCGGAGGGUCUGCGCAUCUACCCACCGGGCCCGAUUGCGCCGCCGCGCAGGACGCGCAAGGGCACUGUGACGCUCAUAGCGGGACAUGCGGUGCCGGGGGAUGUGUCGGUCGGCGUGCAUGCGUGGUCAGCAUCGCAUAGUGCGGAGAACUUUUAUCAGGGAGGCGAGUUCCUGCCUGAGCGGUGGUUGGGGGAGGGUGAGGGUGAGGGCCCAUUCAGUGCAGACCAGGCUGCGGCCUCGCAGCCAUUCAGCUAUGGGCCGCGAAACUGCCUCGGCAAGCCAUUUGCGUAUAAUGAGAUGCGGGUGAUCCUGGCUAGGGUGCUGUGGAAUUUUGAUCUGGAGUUGGCGCCGGAGAGUGAGGGAUGGGAGAGGCAGAAGGUGUAUACGCUGUGGGAUAAGGGGCCGUUGAUGGUGCGACUGCGUGUCCGGGCUGAUAAGUAG